GUUCAACUCUUCGUUUUUUCACCUCCCUUUCUCUUUCUCUCACUAAUUCCAUCUUCACUCUCUGCACUGCACACAGCCAUUCCGAUUCACUUGCUUCCGACGAUCAUGGAAAAAACAGCUACAGAGCCUUGGCGAUUCGAGCCGCCACCGUCUCAUUCCUCCUCCGUCUACCGUCCGCCGGACACCCCAUUAGAGCCCAUGGAGUUCCUCUCCCGCUCUUGGAGCGUCUCUGCUCUCGAGGUCUCCAAAGCCAUCGCCCCUCCUCGUUUAACUCUUUCUAAGCACCCCACCGCCGGAAAUGGCUUCACUGCCGCUGGCGGUGCCGGCAUCAUUUUGGAGGAUUUAACCGGCGAACUUGAAGAGAUUACCCCUUUUGCUGGAAACCCAUUUUCAUUUGCUUCAUCUGAAACGUCGCAGAUGGUGAUGGAACGGAUUAUGUCACAGUCGCAAGAGGUUUCGCCGCGAACUUCUGGCAGACUGUCUCACAGCAGUGGCCCUCUCAAUGGCGCACAAAGUUGUGGUUCAUUAACCGACAGUCCACCUGUCUCUCCUUCGGAAAUCGACGACGUUAAGUGUGGCCGUUCAAACAUCCCUGUAAACCAGUACAGAGUUACUGCCAGUGGCGGAGCCACCACUGCCGGCGGAGGAAAAACUGUUGGGAGAUGGCUAAAGGACAGGAAAGAGAAGAAGAAGGAAGAAACAAGAGCUCAGAAUGCUCAGCUUCAUGCUGCUAUUUCUGUUGCUGGUGUGGCUGCAGCCAUUGCUGCUAUUGCUGCAGCCACUGCAGCUUCUUCUGGUUCUAGCAAAGACGAACAUAAAGCUAAAACUGACAUGGCUGUUGCCUCUGCUGCAACGUUGGUUGCUGCUCAAUGCGUUGAGGCAGCUGAAGUAAUGGGUGCUGAACGCGAGCACCUUGCAUCAGUCUUGAGUAAUGCUGUUAAUGUCAAGUCAGCUGGUGAUAUCAUGACACUAACUGCAGCUGCAGCCACUGCCUUACGUGGGGCGGCGACGCUUAAAGCGAGAGCGUUAAAGGAAGUGUGGAACAUAGCUGCAGUAAUUCCAGUAGAUAAAGGUAUGGGAGUUGCUGAGAAUGGCAGCAUUGGCAACUCCAACAGUAGUUUCAGUGGUGAACUUGUCCAUCCUGAAGAGAAUUUCUUAGGCAUUUGCAGCCGAGAGUUUCUCGCUCGAGGCUGCGAGCUUCUGAAACGUACUCGUGAAGGUGAUCUUCACUGGAAAAUAGUUUCCGUAUACAUUAACGGAAUGAAUCAGGUUAUGUUGAAGAUGAAGAGCAGGCACGUUGCUGGGACCAUAACAAAAAAGAAAAAGAAUAUCGUGUUGGAGGUAAUAAAAAACAUGCCCGCCUGGCCCGGUCGCCACCUGCUCGAGGGAGGAGAACACCGUCGCUACUUCGGCCUGAAGACCAUCCUGCGGGGCGUCGUCGAAUUCGAAUGCAAGAACGUACGGGAGUACGAGAUAUGGACUCAAGGCGUGUCUCGGCUGCUAGCCAUGGCAGCGGAGAAGAGAGGAGACAGAGUAAUGUAAAAAGAGCUAUAGAUUAAAGGUAGGAAAAGGAAAAGGAAAAGGAAAAGGAAAAGGGAAAGGUAUUGGAAAUGGGGUCUGUGUGGUUAAUGAUAUGGUUGAAUUUUGAGGGUAAAGUGAGCCAAUUUGAAUGAAAGUGAGUCCAUGUGAGUCAUGUUUUAGGGGUUUUAAAUGGUCUUGGUUUGUUGCUGUGUUGGGAAUCAAAAGGGGUAAGCUUGGACUGAGGCAGUCAAGAGGAAUAUAAUACAAACCCCCACUACUACCCAUAACAAUGAAGAUAAAAGCAAGAUGCUCUUUCUUUUUUUC